GCCAAGUACUCGGGAAUCAUGGGUAAAUCAUGAACGUCCCUUGACAAAUGACCAUUGUUACGCAUUUUCGCAAAAAACAAACAUUGUGAGACUGCUUUAAGGCAAAUUUGUGUCCCAUGUGACGAAGGAAACUCUUUAGUGGAUUGCAGUUCAUUUGGAGUGCAAGCUAGUGCGUGAUGUUUUGAUUUACAAACAGAAAUAAAGCAAACUUUAUCAGGUUAUAGACCUCGUUGGUUUUAAUAACUUUGCAUCAUGUUCGAGGGAAGUGUUAUUGAGGGUAGCCCUCCUACCUACAUUAAAGGGGAUAUUGUUUGGGUAAAGUUGAGUGGCUACUGGUGGCCUGGCGAGGUAAAAAAUGAGGAAGACCUGCCCAGUGAUAUGCUAUCAGACUUUAAAAAGCGUCCCCUGGUCAUCGUGAAGUUUUUCGAAGAAGAUUCAUAUGAGUAUAUCAAACAUUGGUCCAAUAUCCACCCUUACAACUGCGAAAAAAAGAUUAAUUUCAUUAAGAAAGGAAUGGCCGGUUUUCGUGCAAAACUUCCGCAUUUAGCCACGUUUCCUAGAGAUAUUGGCACUGCGGAAGAAAAAACGAAUGGCAACCCUAACAUAUUAAGUCAACCCGAAUAUUUACCUAAUAAAAAGAUCAACUAUGAUGAAAUUUUUGGUGAUGCAACUUCAAAAAAAGGCAAAAGUAGUUCAGCCGUCAGAAAGUCCGUACCAAAAGGCAAUGAUUCCCUUAUUACCCACCGGAGAUUUCUUGGCAAUGAUGACUAUAAAGCCUACAUCAUGAUACAACCCGAUUCGGAUAAUGAAGAACCUGAAGAAGUUUUAGUUUGUCAUUCAUGCUCAUUUUCUACAAGCAGACCACGCGUUCUGCUUUGGCAUAGUAGAAUACACAUAGAAGGUUUAUAUAUAACUAAAAGGAAAAGUAAGAAAGUGAAGCAUAUUGAACUGUCGGACAGCGACUCUGAGACUGUAGGUGCAGUAGUGCAGCAACCAAAACCGAAACAGCGCAAAAAGAAAGUGGCGGCGGAUGCAUCUAAGUCUUCUGUUGAAUUCACAAAUUUAUUGGAAGAAUGGGAUGACACAGAUGAGGAAACUGAAGAAAUCGAAACUCCAGAAAAAAGCAAAAAAUCUUCUAAAACCAAAAAUCUCAAACCUAAAGUUGGAGAUAAUGAUACACAGGCAAAUAAAGUUACUCCAAACGGAUCCUCGGACACUUCUAAAGUAUUGGAUAAUUCAUCCGAUUUUGAAGGAAAAAAGACACAAGACGACAUUAAAAACUGCUUUGAUUUUGAUGAAGAGGAGGACGAGGAAGACUUUCUAUUUCCAGCAUCAACAGGUCGUAAAAUUCCAAGAGUCAUCCCAGAAAAACCGAGAGCUAGUAUAUCAGAGCUUAUGGAACAGAAUCAAAUAGAAGAUGAAGCGUCUAAAGCUGAGCCAGAAGCAAUAGAAAAAGUCGACAUUGUUGAUGACAGUCAAGUGCAAGAGAAACCGCCAAAAAAAGAUGACACAUCUUUAGAAAACACAUUUAAAGAACUAAUGGAUGAAACUGAGGUGCCAGUUUUGGAAAAUUUAGCCCAAACUCUGAAACCGGAGCAAAAUUUUCAUGAUGCCAGGACCAUAAAAUUUCCUGACAAAGGAGGUACCACUUUAAAGGAAACGGCUUCUCCAAGGAGUGGUACCUCCAAGAAGAGGUUUAUCACGUCAUUUGAAGACUUUGAGGCGGGGUUUCGCAAAAUCGAAGAAGACACGAGGAAGGAAAAAGAGGAAAAUGAAAGUAUUGAUAGCAAACCUACCCCUUCCCAGCAGGCACUGGAAGUUUCUGAUAAAGUGACUUUACAAGACUCCGUAAAACUUUUAAAUGUAGAUGAGGGUGCGAAAGAUGAUACGCAAAAGUUAGUUCUUGAGCCAAAUCACCAAAUUGCCGACCUGGCUCGUGAUAAGACUGCGGUUGAAACGAGAACCAAACAUCGGCGAGUUCGACAACUUGUGAUUGGAGAGGAUUCGGAAGAGUUUAUUGAAUUCGCCACAGAACCGGAGACUGAAAAAACUGUAGAACUUGUGCAACAGAUUAGCGAUGAUGGUGCAAUAGCGGUUGACGCAGCAUUGGAGGCAUUGACAAAAGAUAUUGGAAUAUCUCCUAUUGAAGAUAACAAAGUUCAAGAAAUAUUGGAGCUUCAGGUACAGAAAAGUGAGAUAUCACUUGAACAGCUAAGAAAGGAUCUUGAAGGGACUAGUGACGGUAUUGAACCAGAAGUAGAGCAAAAAGACUAUAGUGAUAAAUUUGAACACACCAAAUGUAAAAAAUCCAAAGAUGCGGAUCAAAAAAAGAAAAAACAUACAUCGAAAAAACGUAAAUCCAAAAGCUGUUCAAAAUCACCUGCAGCUGUACGUGAACCAACCAUGGUUUCCGAUGGAAAUGAAUCUUCUGCUCGAAAAGAAUUAAUUGGUAAUAGUCCGAAAAGUAACGUUAUAACUUCGGAAGAAAAAGAAACAGUCGAGGUCAGUAAAACAGACGAAGCUGCCGAAGGCCCAAGUUCCGGUAGCCUAGAUUCAGUUAGUUUAGAACCAUCAGCAGAUGCGAAUCAAAAAACAAAUACAAACUUGCAAGUUUGUGAACAAAAUAUUAUUGAAAUAGAGGACCUCCCUACGGAAAGUAUAGCUAAGGAGCAGAUUGAAUCCUCCAUACAGGCAGAGGUACUGUUGAAACCAGUACUGAGGAGAGGCAGGUCAAGGAAACAUUCUCAAGAAGAUACUGGCGACUUAGAAGGGUCUGUGAAGAACGAAAAAAAUCAACCCAACAGUGUUAUUCUUUCCGAGGCAACUCCUUCACGUAACAGAAAAAAUAAAUUACAAAAAUCGACAUCCGAAGGAGAAGCUUUGGCACUAGGUACUCAGGAGCUUGAUAAAAAUGUUUCUGGUCAAGAUCUGUCUCCUGAAGCCAGUCCGCUAAUUGAAAAAAGUAUACUUUCAAAUAAUGAACAUGUCUCACCAAAAUCGGCAAAGAAAACCAAGCAGAAACGUGAAGAAAUACACAAGUCUGAAGAGAUCAAACCAGCUGAUAAUACUAGAAGAACCCGGUCGCAUAACAAAAAGGAAUUAUCACAUACUGAUGAUGAAAGCGCCCCGAUGAAAGAAGAUGCUCCUGUCGCAAUCAAAGUAGAUGAUGGAAACAAAUCAGUUUCAAUAGACUCGAAGCCACAAGACGAUAUCAAUUUAGAAGCGUUAAAUAGCGUUAGUUCAAUUAGUGACGAAAUCGCACUUUCGAGUAACACGUCAAAAAUUAGAAAAAGUUCUCGACGAAAAAGCAACAAAAGGGACAAAACUGUGUCGCCAGAUAGCCAGAUAGCGUUAGAAAACGACUCAAAGUCUUCGGUUAAACUAAGUGAAAAAGAGACCGACACUGAUAAACUGCAGAAAACGACGAAAACUCAAGAAUCUGGUGGAGAAGUCCCCGCUAUUGGGUACCCAAAAAGUGAUGUGCCUGAAGAGCCAGCUAGUUUAAAAACUACGUCCUUUGCGGAAAAAUCUCCAAGGCGGCUACGAAGGAAAGCAAGAGGGAAUGCAGAAGACACUUGUGCUACGUUGGCUGUAGAAGGCAGUAAAAGAAAGUCAGAAAAUGUCAUUGAGCCUACUAAGAGUGCUGAUAUAGCUAGUGAUAACAUUAUUAAAGAUCUAACGAUGCAGUCUUCUGAUUGUACGGAAGCGCUGCCAGAUAAAAUAGUUUCUAAAACGCGAAGCGGGAAAACGUUGCGAAUUGAUGGAAAAGCUGUAGCUGGUAAAGACAGUGGAACGGAUACUGUAGAGUUUAAAGGUAAUUUGGAUGAUGCUGAUACAAAACCAUCGAGUCCUGACGACGUUAGUUGCAAGUUAACUGCUUCGAACACCGAACAAAAACGUCCAAUUGAGGACCAGUUAAAGGAAACUUGCUCUGGACUGAUUGAGAAAUCGACAUCGGAAAUUAAGAACCAAGAGCCAAUAUUCGAUUUUUCUAAAGAGCUCGAGUCGAUUGCUGAUAUUCCAUUACCCGAUAAACCACCUUCGAAGCGAAGACGAUCACAAAAGCUUGAACAUGAAAUAGCGGUGGAUGUUUUAGACAAGCGAUCUUCCACAUAUGUUUCAGAUGAUCAAUCUCAAUCAAAGCGGAUUACUAGGAGUAGUAGGAUAAGUAACUUUGAAAGCAAAGUUAGUGUUGAAAAGGUAGCAGAUGUGCAAGCUGAAAAUAUAGAUAAAAGUAAUAAAUCCAGCGAAGCUUCCGAACUUGACAAAAGCGUUUCCAUCUGUGACAUAGCAAGCAAAACGGAAAAACAUGCAAGCCGCCCAACGCCAAGCAAAAGGCAUACAAGGCGAAGUGAACAGAACCAGACUAGUGUUCGAGAUCGAGAAAAGAUGCAGCUCAUACAUCCAGCUACUGCUUCAGCUUCUCAUAUUUCUGAAAGUUCGAGCCAAUCCGACAAAUUCACAGCAUUUAAAUCAACUGAGUGCAAGGAAGAUAAACUUCCCAUAAUCCAAAAAACUUUACCAUCCAAAGAAAGAAGGCGAUCUAAAAUACAGAGGAGUCAAAAAGUAUCACACAAAACCGACUUAUCUUCAAAAGUCGAAGAAUCAACAGAAGCAGCCAGAAUUGAUUCGAAAAUAAAUGAAUCUGCUUGUGAUGUUGGAUUGCAAGAAAAUCAAGAAACUAAAACACAGUUAUCUGCUCGCAAGCAAGAUGUUUGUUCCGUUACCGGUAUUGUUAGCGAUGUGACUUAUGGAAGAAAAGCUAAAGAGGUAAGAUCUGGUGCAUCAAAAGCGGUGAAAAAUAGGUGGGACGUGGUUACUUCUUCAUGCAAUAAUCAAAAAAGUUUUGAAUCACAAGCAGAGCCCGAUGCCACAACCGAGGGUGGAAAAAGUACUGUUGAACCGGUUCCAUCAGUAACCAAGCCGGAAAAUCAUAACAAUGCAUCAAUUGAAGACGCAAUUCAAUUAGAAAAGCAAACGGUCGAAGCGAGUAAGUUAGAAACAACGACAGAGGCAACGCUGGGGAGUAAUUCAUCUGAUGCGGCUGGUAGCGAUACUAACGCAGGAAUAGGUACUUGUGGAUUGUUAACCUCGGAAGCUUUAGGCGAGAAAACUCAGGAAGCAAAGAAUAAGGAUGUUUUUCUGGGUAACUGUCCAAUUGAUGCAGUUGAGAAAAGUGACGACAAACCUCAGCAAAUAUUGCUUGAAAAUUCAGAAGUUCAUUUAAUUGAUUCCGAAACUUCUGUCCUCAAAAGGACUGACGUGCCGCAGAAUGCAACAGCUGAAGCUUCCAUGGAGUUUUCAACAACUUCAACUGAAGAUUUGGAACCUCCAACAAAACGUUGUUCAAGAAAGAGUACCGCAAAGUCAUUUACAAAGUCCCCAGUGCUCAUUGAGAUCGCGCAAUGUUCAUUGGAAUCCGAGAAUCGUAGUGUUGACAUACCACAGGAAGUUUUAUUAGACAACCCACAAUCAGAAUCUUCAACAAAUACCGAAAUUAACUCCUAUAAAGCAAUAGUAACGGGGAACGAUUGUAAUGUUCCAAAGAUAUCGUGUGAACGUCCUAUAAGCAAUGAUAGAGUGGAUAAAAAAGCAAAUUUUAAUGAAAGUUGUUUUGCAAGCGGUUCUGAAAAUAUUCAGAUCAGGCCGACUGAACAAGAUGCGAACAUUCAAAUGGCAUUAGAUGAUCAACAAACAACAGAUUUAGAAGUAAACAUUGCCACAACAAUUGUUGAUCAGGAAUUUUACAACAUUUGUUCAGUUGCGAAAAUGGAAUAUGUAGAGCAAUCGUUAAGCAGUGAGAUUGAAGUUGUAACAGAACCCUCAGAUCCGAUAGAAUCAAUUGAAGGCAGGAUGGGUACUAAUGAGGAAGCUUUACUAGUAAAGGCAAAUGAAGGUAUCACCGCCACAUCCCAAGUCCCCGCAUCCAACAAUCAGCAGCCGCUUGAUCACACAAGUAGUGACAAUUUACUUGUUUCUAUAAAACCUGUAUUGGUUCUUGGCGAGGAAAUCCAUACGUCAGUGAUUCCCUCCAUUGCAGAAGAAAAUAAAACCCUUAGCAACGAAUUUUCAGAAGAAUUUUCGGAACUCCAAACAGCGAAGCCUGAUCACCGUGAAACCACUGAAAAUAAUUCGACUCAUAACGAAUCUGAGGAACAGGUCAAGCCAAUUCCUGAUACGUUGGAACACAUUGAGACCGCGAAAGAAGACUUAGAACCUUCUCAUAUAAAUGAAGUAGAAAAAGAUCAAGUACCUGUUGAGGAAAUGAGUUGGAAAACGUGUACACCAGAUAACCAGCAGAGUUCAUCUAGCGCUUUUAAAGAGACUCCGAAGAUACCAACUUCAGAAAAUCUCAACGUACUAGAUCACUCUACUACACUUGUGGGUGAAGUAAUAAGCAAUUUAAUAUCAGCGGUUAAUGAUAAUUUGAAUGCUUUUGAUAGCAACAAACUUGAAAACAUUGGAAAAGGUGAGUUGAGUGUAACCAAACAUGAAUCAAUAAAUGUGCCACAGAAAUCGAAAUCGGAAGCAGGCAAACAUGAUGAACGCGUUGAGCGUGAGCCUGCAACAUCUGAGCAACCGGCAGUAACACCUAGCUUUGAUCAAGCUGAAGACAUUCAAAAGCUUGAUAACCAACUGAGUGAAACUGACAUUCUUGGUGAAUGUUCUUUCAUUACAAAGGCACAAACUUCCUCACAAAAAAGUCCAGAGCUUUGUGACACUAAAGUUCAACAUGAAGAGCCCGAACCCUCGAUUACCACACAAGAAGAAAGUACAGAAAUAAGCGAUCUAAGCGAAUCCUUGAAGUCAGUGCCGCCAAAGAAAAGUAAGCGGUCAAGGCGAGGUAGUUACGCUAAUACGGAGAAAGAUAAUGAACCGUUAAAAGAAAAUGCCAAUAAGCAAUUAUUGACUUGUGAAGAACUAGAAGCUGAGCCUCAGGCCUCAAAUGUGAUAAAAAAAACUGAUAAUCCAAAUGCUACCGAAAAUGCAAGUUCCCAUUUGACUGAGAGUGAUAUAAUUUUGCCUCUAAAGAAAUCGAAACGCGCAAAUGUUGCUGGUACUCAAGUUUUAAAAGACUAUUUUUCUGACGACUUUUCUCCGGAGAAGAAAUCAGAUGAAUUGCAAUUCCCGAGUUUUGAUGAUUCGUUUAUAACAUCGUCUUUCAGAAAUAAUAUUGAAGGACUUAUAAAAGAGAUUGAUUCUUUAGAUGAUAAUGAUUUGGAUGCAGCGGAAACUUCUUCUAAAAGCACGCAGAAAUCUGAUGAUAAGGAGGUUGAGUCCAGCAUCAAAUAUUCGUCUGAAGUUACUGCGGUCUUAGAUGAGAAAAACGCGAUGCCAAAUGUCGAUUUUCAGAAGUGUGUUCCACCCAAGAAAAAGAAAAUUGAAGUUCCAAAAGAUGCAAAUGUUAGUGCACUGUCUAAUCAAACUGUUGUUUUUGAUGUUAAAGACAAGGUUUCAGACAGCAUCUUAGAGACUCCCAAGAAAAAAAUGCAAAAGCUUUUUGAGAACAGCCAAAUCAUAGAAAAAAGUGAAAAGGUCAUCGAAUUGCCGCAAAUGUCACCCUUGGCAAAGAAGAAAAGCUUUUUGUUCCAUCAGGAACUUGACAGGCUUCAGAAAGUUGAGGACACGUCUAACAAAGUUGAAGUUUCCGUUGAAAAGGUGGAAUUGACUGAAUCAGUAAGUGAAGAGCCCAAAAGCGGUGCAACGGCAGAAGAUUCAGCAAAUGUGCUGAAACCUGCUAGAAAAAGGAAAUCUGUGCCUAUUGAACAUGGGGCCUGUAAAAAGGAAAAAUUGGACAUUGGGGAACAACCGGCUAAACCCGAUAUUAGUGGUGAUCAGUUUCUAAGUGAGAGUACAAAAGAUGAUAAAGCUGUUGUUCCACAAGCGUCGUGCUCUAGUACAAAUAUUAUAUCAGAUAAUAACUUAGAGUCCAAAGUGAAAGUAGAAGGAAAAAACGAAACUGACGAUAACAAUAGUCUAACCAUUGUGAAUAAAUCAUUUUUGCUAAAACCCGAACACGUGUCUCAAUUACCAGAAAUUAAAAAUGAAUUACUGAGUGAAAUGCCUACUCAGUUUGAUGUUAAAAGGGAAGGAAUGGUUUCUUCACUGGAUUCUCGAGUUUCCGGAUCAAGUCUGAUUGAACAACCUGAAAUGGUUCCCAUUUCAGUAGCUCCAACAGUAAUGUCAGAACAAGAUCUAGCAGAUGCACAAGUUGAAAUUACUAGCGAAAAAAUAAUCAACCAAAAACAACCGAGUAGUUUGGGAUCGUUUUCGGGAGGUUUUCCAAAAUUGGAAGCAAAAUCAGUGUCUCUUACUCAAGUGAAAGUAACAACUGACAUUAAAACAAAAACUACUGAGACAGUCGGAACGGAAUUUACUACCAAAGCUAUGGUGAAAGAGUUCGAUAAUCGUCCGCUACUCACUCAACCGAACACGUAUGUUCUCAAGUCAGAGCUGUUAGAUAUAUUGGAAGGCAAUUCGAACUCAUCUACAACUUCCAGCGGAUCAGAACAGAAAUUCAAAACCUCUUUUGAUAAUUAUGAUAAACAGAGCACCGUACAGGGCAUAAUUGACUUUGAAGAUGCAAUUCCUUCACAAAUCGUUUUGUCUAAUAAAGUCAAACCCGAGAGCGUGCUAUUGGAUUCACCUAAGUUGCUGCAAAGGCUUUCUAUGGCCUCUAAGAUGCCGCAAAAAAUAUUGGUUAAAAGUGACGUUAAUGUAGCGGAAAAGUUGCCUGCAUUACUAGCGGGUAAAACUAUAAAGCGUUCACUUGGUGUCCCUAAACCCGGACAAAAGAUUAUUAUCAAAAGCCAGAGAGCUGCCUCCAAAAUUCCAGGCAGCAAACCCGUUAUACUGUCUGAACAGAUUAUCAGACCUGCAGGUUUAACAACCACCGCAGCAGCAAAGCAAACUAGUCAAGGCAUCAAGCGCCAAUAUGAAGAUGUGGAAGACAUCGAAACCGCAUUUAUAAUUCCAAAAAUUGCAAAAAAACCGGUUGAGGAAGAAGUUGCUCAGCCGAUGCCAGUAGAGAAGCCUGCAAAGUUUCGUUCAAAAGCCAGUGGAAAAGCGAAAAUCUUGCAGCAAACUAUCAUUUCUGCGAAAGGAUCUGUUUUAGGAGAAAUUGUACCACAUGCUUCCACUGCAGUUGUAAAAGGUCCAGGGCAAUUACAGCAUGUCCAAAUUCAAGCAGCUUCAGAUGAAUCGGUUUUCGAUAUCAACUCCAUGCCUAUAGUGCUAUCCGACGAUCUUCUCACCGCGGAAAGUAUACAAAACAUGCCGGUAGUUCUUUCCGAAGAUGGUGUGCCUAAAUCUGCCAUUAUGCCCAAGCUUAAGCCCAAUGAAAAGCUUGUGGCUACUUUACCAAAGAAAAUCGCUACAGCUUUAGGAACAAAACAGAUAAUCUUCAAAACUACAUCUUCAGCUUCGGUUACUCCAGUAUCAAAUAAACUAACAUCCAAAGUGACGAAAGCUGUUACACCCUCAGCGACUGUUCCAUUCAGCAAGUUCUCCAAGGCUGGUUCUACGGCAUUUAUUGCUACCGGAACAACUGCUGACGGUAAACCGGCGAAAUAUGUGUUAGUACCUCCAGCUGUGACUCCGGCAACAACUCAAGUGAAAUCUAUGAAGCCUUCAACAAUAAAAAAGUCCACUAUUCCCCACAAGAUGACCCAGUCUGGCACUGCGCCAGCAUCCGAUCCAAGUCAAAUUGUGGGAAAUAAAAUCAUGAUUGUUACAAAUGCACAAGGACAGCAAACAAGGGUUGUGCUGACGCCUCAGCAACAGAAAGUGUUUAUGCAGGGACAAGCUGGCUGCAAAACUAAAACCAUUAUUAAAGGCGCGAUACCGAAAGCUCUGUUGGAGACUGCAGCGGCGGUAGCUGCUGCUGGUUCGAGUGGGGUCGCAGUCAAAACCACAGCCGCUAUUUCACAAGGAGCAACCGCAUCAGUUUCUACUACAGGAGGUUUGCUGAUGUCUGCUAUAAAAGCUUCCAAAACCGUUGUUCCUCCAAAGAAAACUAUUCAGCGGCCGGUGUCUAAGCCACAGAAGACGAUUUUAAUCAAGAAUCAAUUAGGGCAGACUGUGCGAAAAAUUCAAGGAACAGACGACGCCGAUCUAGACAGGCAAGUGGCUGAACAACUUGAGGCAAUAAAAGCUAGCGCAAGACUUCAGCAAGCCAACAAAACGCCUGAGAUUAUCAAUUAUACCAACAGGCCAAUUCCAAGUACCAGUAAUGUAAUUUGCAACAGAUCGUCGGCAAUUCGAAAAACGCCUAGUAAGAAAAUUGAACAUGUUAAAAGCAAAAUUCCUGUUGCCGCCACGCAGGAGGAGACGCCAAAGUUGCAGGAAGGCCCCAUUUCGACGAUGUCUCAACAACUACAGGUUGCAUCUAAGAAAAUGGACCAGCCUAUUGCUCCUGUCUUACAGGGGAAAGAUUCGUUGAAAACCGAGACUAAACAAGCAGCUCCAUCGAAUGAAACUGAAAAUAAGAGACCGGAAAGCCCACUGAGACAAGUCGUGAUUCAAGACGGGCUGGGAAAUCUUACAACCGUAACUGUCGGGCAAAUUUUAGCAAUUCCCAGUGAAACAGUUGAUGGCCAGCCUCAAUCUUACAUGCUGGUUACCGUUGAUGAAUCUGGAAAUUUAACACCUUUAAACAAUGACGCUCUAAUGUCACUGGACCCGAGUUUAGGUGUUGGUGGAGAUAUCAAUAACGUGGUGCUACAAGUCGAUCAAACUCAAGGUACCAUUGCUGCUGUAAAGCCCACGGCGGAACCCACUGUGUCUACUACAGCUUCAAAGGAAAAUUGGUCGACGGGCGAUGAAAAAUCGAAGCUUCCGGCGCUCAAAGCAAGCCAGCGAGAACCGAAAUUGAGUAAUACUGAACAGCACAAGCCCGCAGUUCCGUCAAUAACAGUAGAACAACAGGUGGUGAUUGGGGACGGCAUUCUUCCUGGAGAACCUGGUGGCCAACAGCUGAUUGUAACAGGCGACCCGACUGCUACUCGAAAAUUCCUCGAAUCCAUUUCAGAUGGAACUACUGAUUUGGCUAACAUUUUGGCAAGCGCUGAGAAUGGCAAUGUUUUAGUACAGGCGGAUGGACAGCAAAUUUUAAUAAGAACCAAUACUUCUGCUCAGGCUGUUCUUGGAACCGCCGAAAGCAAUACGGAUACUACUAGUAGUUCAUUGUUCGCAUCUCAUAAGCCAAAUCAAGAUAUUUUGGCCGCGGCGUUGGCGAACACAGACGUGUUUCCAUCGACCGAUCAACCAACGGUUCACUCAUCAAUUUUAAAAGGGUCUCCCUCCCAAGUAAGUCCGGGAAGCGCCCUCUUUCCCAUGCACGUUGGAAAUGUGUUAGAGACGAGCUUGACAUUGAGCUCGCCUAUAAUGACGCCUUUAGAAAUCCCUAGCACUAACAGCAAGAAAAUUGACGCGGAAGCUGAUAUUUUAAGUCAGGUUCCAAAGAACGUGGACUUACCAAUUACAAUCACCGAUCCGAAUAUUUCGCAAACUGUCGCCAAUCAGCAAGCGGCCAGUCUGGGAGCUUUGGAACUUACCCUUCCUAUGCCAGACAGUGUGACUAGUAGUAUUAACAGCCCAUCCUACGCAUAUUCGUUGCCCAGCCUAGAAGAAUCUGUUGGGAUCUCGCAGAAGUCGUACAGCACCAGUAUGCCCCUGCUCACUGAAGAUGUUGUUGAGCCGGAGGGCAGUGCCUCUUCAGAUUCGGGAAAAAUACGAAUAAAUACCAGGUUAAAAAGUAGCUCAAGUAGCUUUAGUCCAAAUUUCGGUACUUUGCCGAUGUUGGACCCGAUGACAUCUUCACAGGAAGAAAUUGUAAAAUCAAACACUUUUGGAGAACUCGAUUCAAUGUCGAUGCUUGCAGAUGACAUAAUAGACGAUAGCCAAUCUAGUAUCGGUUCUACCAAAUUACCAAGAAGUUCGCGCAGGUCGGAAGAACGCGACAUUAUUGAUGAAGGUUUAUCAACAUUAGGUGGCGAAAUGUGCAGUUCCCUGAGUGAACCUCCUCCAGAUAUGUUCGAUUUGUCCUCAAUUACACCAAGAGAGGAAGAGAUUUCCAGCGAUUUAUCUUCAAUUCCGGAAGCGGAGACGCUGUCCGUAAAUAGUGAAAAUUCGGGAGAAAUACCUCUCCAACCUGCUAUAAUAGCUAAUCUCAACGACUUAAAGCGGACGGGAGAUGAUUCAGAGGGAUCCGAUGACAAGCGACCGCGAUUUGAAUAAUUGGUCAAACAUUUUUAAGGGUGUAUAAAAUGUAAAUUUUUGUAAACUGAUCGAACUUCAUCUUCUAUACUGAUUGAUAUUGGAGAUUGUUCGUUUAAAUAAGAUGAUCACGAUAUCGAUAAGAUUAAAAUUAAUAUUUUUGGACUCAUCAAAAUUAUUCUAGAUGGUGUACAAGGCGGUAUGAAUGAAAAUAUCAAGUCCAUUGUCCGUUUAAACGUGCAGACCUACAGCUGUUUCGAUUUCGGUUGGACUAAUAUUUUAUUAAUUUUGUACAUAGGUAGUUAGUGGCUACGUGUACGGUUUUGUACAUACAUUUAAAAAUUUAUAAUUUUUAUUCAUAUAUUUUAUAUUGAUCAGUUACAUGAAGCAAUUCGUUACAAGCUUAUAUUUUCAGUCCCCUUCUAGUAAGAUGUAGUUUUCCUGUGUUUUCUAUUAUUUGAUUUUAAAGUUUAUCCUGACGUUAAUUACCUUUCUGGAGGAGUGAGAAUAUAUGCUCUUGAUGCAUAAACUUAAGCACAGUUAAGUGUAGUUGUCAUUCGCUAGAUGUUAGAAUAAUGCUAGUUGUAAAAGUCAAUCAGUUGACCCCAAACAUUACUAGAGUUGUUUAUGAGGUUAUCGGAAUUGUCUUUGUAAGCAGUUAGAUUAGACAUUUCAAAUGUACUUUUAUUAAAGUAAUUAAUAUAUUAUUUACAAUAAAGUAUAUUUUGUGUU